UUCUUUGCUUUUUCAUUUCACAUUUCCUUUUUCAGUCUCCCAUCAUGUCUCUCUCCCAAAUUCUCGUUCACUUCUUCAAAAACACGCACAGUCCCAAAAUCUAUACAGAGAGUCAGAGAUGGAAGAGGAGGCUUUGGACUAUGUUCUGGUGCCACUGGGUCUGUUUGUUCUGGGAACAUAUCAUGUUUGGCUUCUCAUCACUGUGCUACGUCAUCCAAUACGAACUGUGAUCGGUCUCAAUGCUCAGUCUCGUCACCAAUGGGUCUUAUCCAUGAUGAGUGACCCUUUGAAGAAUGGUGUUUUGGCUGUUCAGACAAUACGCAACAACAUAAUGGCAUCCACACUUUUGGCAACAACGGCUAUCACUCUCAGUUCUCUUAUCAGUGUAUUUGUGAGCAGUACAUCAAACUCUGGCAACACCUCGAAACUAAUUUAUGGCAAUAAGACAGCCACUCUCUCUUCAAUAAAGUACUUCUCUAUCUUGCUGUGCUUUCUUGUUGCCUUUCUCUGCAAUGUGCAGUCCAUCAGAUAUUAUGCCCAUGUUAGCUUCUUGGCCACUGUUCCAACAUGGCAAGGUAGAAAGGAUUGUAUUGAGUACGUUGCAAGAAACUUGAAUCGGGGAAGCUACUUUUGGUCACUUGGAUUGCGAGCUUUCUACUUCUCAUUCCCUCUCUUCCUUUGGAUAUUUGGGCCUAUACCCAUGUUUGCAUGUAGCUGCGUUAUCUCUUGUGUUCUUUAUUUCCUGGACACCACCACCAGCUUCACACGACAUCUUCACAGUCACUCGAUCAAAGAGGUGAAAACUGAUAAUGAUCUAGAAUCACUCGGACAAUUAUCAUAGGUACAUAAUACUCUUACAGGUGGUAAGUCAAACAUAAGUGAAUCAAUCUUUCAUUAGACUAUUCGCAGGUUUAUGUGUAUAAUUAUACCGUCUAUAUUUUGUAUCACUGUGAGGAAUCCUGCCUUUAUUUUGCUAUUAGUCUUUAGAAUGAAAUGUCAUCGGAUUCAGGUAAUAAAGAAAACUACAGCUUAAGAUCAUCAAGGAAUCAUUGAUACUCUGGUGGGUGGCUUACAAUUUUUGAAGUAUUCUGCUUCAUUCAAGAACAAAAAGCCAGGGAAUAAGUAAUUUUCAGAUCAAGAAGUGGCUCUACUUUUCAACAAUGAGAAUGGAGUCUGUGUAUCCUUUCUUUCUUUUUUCCUUUUUUUUAUUGUAAGUUGGUAAAUGUACAUUUGUUCAUCAAUGUUGUACUUUUCAAACUUUGACAUGUAUAAUUCUUGAAUCCCAGUACUAUCCCACUUAGAUGUGGUAGAAUAACUAGUAUGACAUUUCAUGCC